CCCGGGUACAUGUUGUUGUGUGUAGUUGACAUGACACCGACACACAGAGCCACCUCGACAAGCCUCGACUCAAGCCUUGCUACGUAAUCUAUACGCACAGGGCCGCAGUAGUACAGCGGACAUGGAGCUGUCUCACCUUAUAAAGAAAAUAGGUCAUUCCUUGGUGGAAAUAAGAGUUAGAGCGUUGAAGAGCAUCAUGUGUAAACUGGAUCACUGCCUGCUUUCUGUAUCUGACCUGGUCCAAGAGAGGAUGCUGUUUGUGCUUCUGCUGGAAUGGUUCAAUUUCCCCGAGGUGCCAAUGCAAGAGGAGGUCCUUGAGUUGCUCAGCACUCUAUCAAAGCAUCCCAGUGCAGCCCAGAUGCUGAGAGACGUUGGGGCGGUGGAGUUCCUCACCCAGCUGUCUCCUAAUGUGGAACCCAGGCUGCGCGCUGUCAUCGAUGGCACCCUGGACCAGCUGUUCCAGCUACCAGAGUUACUCCCUACUCAUACAACGGUCUACUCACGUGAGCAGCUUGUUCCAACACCAACAGUUUCUCCACCUGAAGAGCAUUUUCCCAUAACGGGCUAUUUCCAGAAGAGUAUGCCAAGCCAUAUUGAUGCACCUCCUAAGAGGAUAGCAGUGCAUGACUCGGUGAGAUGUCUGAAGUUUUCUGUGUUUCCUUGGCUGACUUUGACAACCACAGACAGACACAUACUUUCAUCUAACGAAAGUUCUCUGAGGAGUAACAAUCCCAACUUAGUCCGGACCACAUGUGAACUUCUGCGUGAUGUCAUUAUGCAGGACUUUCCUGCUGAGAUCUUCCUGCAAAGGCCCACUAUCGUCCAGAAUCUUCUGUCCCUACUGAGACUGAGUUCAGGUGAAGGUGAAGCAAGCUACCUCCGGCUGCAGGCUCUUGCCUGCCUACGGCAGCUUUGUGUGGGACUGAGAAGCAGACUGCGCUUUCAUCAGGACCCCAGCUUCUACUCUGCAAAACAAGACCCAGUGUCGCAGAACUCGUCCUUGUCUUACUCCCAGGAGGUGCGGGGGACACAGCGCUCCCAGGCCUCGUCCCCAGGGGCAGAGUGCUCUCCCCGGCCCUCUGUUGUCGGACGCACAAGUCAAAGAGCCAGGGGAGAUGGCCAAGACGGAGAUGCAGCUUCCAACAGCGGCAGCUCUCACAGGGGUGCAGCAGUGGCCCAGGCCCCCAGGCAGACAACCCAGUCACCUGCAGAUGUCACCCACUUGGAGCUGCCCGAGCUGGGUGUGGAAGAUAUCCUGGAGCUGCAAUUGCAGCAGCUCACGUUGGCUCAGUUUACAGUUGCUGUAAUGGAGCAUGCCAUACCGCUGCUUAAGACAGAGGGUUUGCAUGUGUUCCAGCGUGUUCUGGAGCUGCUGUGUGAUGCUGUCCUCCUGCUUGGGGACAGUGUUUGUGAGCUGGUCUGGGACGAUCGCAGCCUGGUGGGGAUGGAGCUGAAGGAGAAGCUGCAAGCCUGUUUGGAACUGCUGGGAGACAUCCUGAGCUUCCAUCAGAGCUUUCCAGCCGAAGCUACCCACAGUUCUUUGGUACAGCGCCGAAUGGCCUACACAGGCACCGCCGUAUUCACUGUUAAAAUGCUUCAGACUGUCCUCCCUCCUGAGAAGGCCAGUGACAAUCUCCCAGAGAACACCGCAAUGGCCAUUUUUCAUUUGUGCCUGGACACACCCUUGGGGAGUGCAUUUCCCAGCAUACAAGAGGCAGCGGUGGCCUACCUGGAGCAGGUGAACUCAGACGGCCAUGACCUGUACAGAAGGGUGACCCGUGCUGCCCUCUGGAUGGAAUCCACUUGUAUCUUUCUCAAGGAGGCACAGGCAGAGGGGGAGAAGAACUGGCUAGAGCUGCUGGAGCUGGCAGACAAAGCUAUAGACGGUCUCCCAUAUCACCAGCACUUACCCAUCAUCAAGGAGUGCAUUGAUAUCUGCUCUUAUUUGUGGAAGUUUGAUCAGCCCAGUCCACUCCUCCAGACUGAGAGCCAGAAAGUUUUCCUCAAGCUGCUGUCCCAUCCUUUACUGCCUGUCAAGACAGAGACCUACAUCUGCACUUUAAACUUGGUCAAGGACUGCCUUGGCAUACAGAAUGUGUCCCGGCUGGCGUCAGCAGCCUGUAGUCAAGUCCACUUCCUGCUCCACCACAGGGUGCUCUAUGAAAUCAGUGCCUUUGGCCUCCAGGACUCUGCAGAGAAGGUGAAUGUUGCUGCCAAGGAUAUUCUGCUAUAUCUGCUCAAGGGGCGAUUGAUGAUGACAGCAACAACCUGGGACAGAUUUAAUGAGGCACUUUACCCGGUCAUCCCAGUAUUACAGGGUUACACAAGCACUGAAGAGCCGCUAGGAAACUGUGUCCUGCUGAUAAGUGACAUGUCGGACAUAGCAAGAGACGAUGUGUUUCCAAACACGACCAAGCUGAAAGCGGCGCUUCGACUCCUUUUCACCAAACAGCCCACGGUGAGAGUGGCAGCAGUGCAUCACAUCUUGCCCCACCUAACCAGCGCAGAGGGGGCAAACACAGUCAGACCAGACCUGGACCAACCAGUGCUCUCCUCCCUGCCCAAUCUCUACUGCCUUAGAAACACCUCGGACAUCACACUGGACACCAGCAACAAAUCCUUCCUUAAAGUCGAGUCGGUGGAGAAGCUCUUUGGUGUCCUGACGUCUGACACUGUUGACCUGUCAUUGAGAAGGUCGGCCGCUGAGCAGCUGGCUGUAGUGCUACAAGACACAACAAUGCACCCAGUGCUGAAGAAUCUCAGCAUAACAGACAAAGCCAUUGCUUUCAUUACUGAGAGUGUAAAUGGCAACAAGAGCUUGGACUGCCUGUUGGAGCCAUGUGUGUGUAUCCUGAGGAAGCUGGUGUAUGCUGAUCCAUCUCUGAGGCACAGCCUGGCACAGCGCACCCCCCUACUCCUCACAUUGCUCAGGGCUUCCUUGAUACUGGCGGAGAGCAAAGGCAGUGGAAGUGAGAUUGCUGUACUGAUGUCUUUACUGCUUUUUGAUGAGAUUGCCAGUGUUGAAAUAUGGUCGGACAAAUCUAACACAGAUGGGAACCUUGCGCCAUUCUCCCUUCCGCUGUCAGUAACACGCAGGUACAACAUCCCAUUCCAGGCAGCAACCCAUCAUGUUGUCAGCCCGUACUGCUGUGUCCUGCCCCCAUCCUCUGACCUCCUGACCCUGGCUCCUGCCCGUCAUGCCCUGCAGCUGGCCUGGAACACCGCAUGGCAUUCUGGGAUAGACAGCGUCCUCCAGGACCUACAUAGCAUCUGCAGUGAUGUCACAGAGUUCCACAGUGACCUGAAGUUGGCAGAGGCACAGGUAGUGUCACUGCGGGCAUCACACCUUCCGACCGGGCUACAAGAUUGCAUCCAGGCCAUCGUCAUGGCAGAGGGACACAGUUCUGUAACCUCUGCCCUCUCCAGGCUCAGUCUCUACUUGCUGACUGACAGACUGGCGCUCCCUCACAUCCACACCCACAGCUGCAGGGACACUCUUCGCUGCCUCUCGUGGCAGUCUGCUAUAACCAGGUUUCUCCAGGUGCGUCCAGCCUGUGUGGAGGAUGAGAGGUUGCUAGUGGGCAUUGUUGCAUUUUUGAAUGCCCACUUCAGACAGAUGCACAACGAGUCUGCAUCUGACCCUGAGGACAAGGACCUGCGCUGGAUACUGGAGCUACUUCUCAACCAGGACACUGUGUCCCUCCUGGAUCUGCUGCUCGGUGUGGAGACCCAGACCUCCAGUCAGAGUCAGGGGGGACCAGAGGAGCUGAAGAACCAGGUCAGCCAGAGACUUCAGAGAGAGCUCACCAGCUUCUUUAACACCCUACUCCAACGUCUCACACACACCACUGACAGGCUUUGUUUGGCACUAGCGGGACCCUUCAAGAGCCAGCUGGCAGUUUGUUUGCUCCAGAGCUUGCGGGUGUCUGAUGCCCCACGUUUCUACGGUUUACCCAGCCUGGAGAGGACGCUGCUGGGUAUGGUCAGCCUUACAGCCCAGCCUGGCUGGAGCUCCCACUGCCCAGACCUGGAGCCUGUCUCCCUGUGCUCCAAGUACCUCAGUGGACUGUUGGAGGUGAUCUCCUCAUUCUAUGUCGAGUGGGGUGGGAACUCCAUGUCCUUCAUGGGGAAAGGUGUGACCAAGAACGCCGUCAUCUGCCUGCUUCACCUGUCCCAUGAGAUGAUGGCCAACAGUGACAAGGACUUCAUUUCCCAGUGGUCUUUGGGGCAUGAAACAGGUUCGGAGGAGGCUAGUGGUUCUCAGUUGGGACUGGCCUGGCUCAUUCCGCUAUGGGUGGACCGAGAUCCAGAAGUGAGAUUUGCCAGUCUUGGUGUAGGUGCAGCUCUGUCCUCGGUGCCCAGUGGCUGCCAGGCUCUGUGCGCCAGCUGCCAGAAUAUCAGUGGGGGGCUGUGGGGCACGCUGCUCAACAUCCUCUUGGAUCAGCAGGAAAGCAGCAUGGUCCGAAGAGAGGCUGCAUUUAUCCUGCAGAACCUGCUGGUGAUGCCCAUGCCUGCCAACGCGGAGGAGGCCAAGGACUCCCACUGGCAGAACCCGUGUGUCCAUGAUGAAGUGUCUGGUGUGUCUCUGGUGGGUCUUCCAGCACUCCAGGCUCUGCUCUACCACUGUCAGUACUUCCAGCACGUAGCUCUUACUGCCUCCGCUUGUUACCGCGGCAGGUACACUUUCCACCUGCAGACCGCAGCCGCUGCCAUCCGCGGACCUAGUCCACAAGACAGCACCUCAGGCGAUUCAGAAAACUCUCUGUGGUUUUGGAGUAGCGCCCCCCCAGCACCCGCCAGUAGACCUUCCAGCUCUCUCUCCACCUCCAGCACUGUGGUUAGAGGUUCAGGCCCACACAGCCCUGCGGCUCCCUCCCCAUCGGGUCCCACACAAGACGCACCUGCCAGCAGACUCGUGGCUCAAGGUCAGAGUGAUACAGACACCAGUGACUCAGUAAUUUCCCAGGAUUCUCAGCAGGGUGAGCCACCCCUGGUUGAACCUGUUGUCAUGGUAACUCCUGACCUUUUGACAGCCCACUGUGGCCUAUUGACCAACCUGGUGGCCAUCCUACCAGAUUUCACACUCACUGCCAUCCGUCACAGCCAGCUUCUUCAAUCACUGGCCAGUCUGGUGGAUGCUGGGCCCAUCGAAAAAUGUCUGAGCGAGCUGAAGACACCAAACGUCCUAGCAGGAGAGAGAGAAGACAUCAAGAGCCAGGUUGUCACACUACUUCAGUUCCUGUCCAGCUUCUCCAAGUUGCUGCAGUCUUGUGUUACAAUGAGCCAGGAGUUGAUUGGUCAGAUGGACUUUGUGAAACAGCUGCUGACCACUGUGGUGGCAGUGCUCUCACUGGAUAGCAAAGGCCUAGAUGUGGGUACCCGAGAUGCGGUGUGUGUGUGCUGGGCAGACAUGUUUACGCUCCUGGCUACUCUGUUGAGGAGGGACAGCUCAGCAGCGUACCCAUCUGUCUCUGCUGCGCUGGGGAGGCGCUGGCAGACAUUUGCAGAAACAUUAUCGGUGUGUGUGAAUGAGAAGUUUUCAGAGCCUCUUCUCCACACGGUGGCACUGCAGUUUAUCUGUGUGCUUUUCUCAGAGGAGACAAAGAGACAGAGUUUAGAGGUCAACACUCCAGCCUCCAGAUGUGUAAGUGCUCUGUCUGACAUCCUGAACGGUCCCCCGGCCAGCCAGCUGUGUGAGCUGCUGCUGCAGAGUUUUGAGAAGAGGUCCUCACAGGACCCAGUGAAGAAGGCCACAGCCAAAGCUCUGACGACACUGCUGGCGUGCAGCCCCACUGCUCAGAACCAUGCAGCUAAAGCUGGUCUAAUAGACAGCUGUGUAGAGCAGAUGAAACAGAGUUACUCCCACCUCCACCUGGAGUCAGUCCGAACCAGCAAGGCUGCUCACCGCAAGAAGGAAGAGAGCUAUUUAAAAGAAGUCAAGCUGACUGUGGAGAUCCUGCGGAGCGCUCUUUACCGCAACGAUGAAUGCAAAGUUGUGGCCAUGGAUGCUCGCCUAACAUCGGUGCUCCAUGCUCUUUGGCCUUGGUUCCUAUUGGACAAUCCCACCAUGGAGGCGGUGCUGGAGCUUCUGUGCAUCUACACGGCCAACUGCACCACAGCAUGCAGUUCUCUCUGUGGCGGUGGCACAGGUGUUGCUCCUGGUUCUCGAGGCCCACCCAGCAGCUCCCUUAUGCACUGUGUCAUGAAGCUGGCCUCGGGGAUCGCCCCAGACAACAGCAGUGUCCAGAAGCUAGCCUUCUCCCUUUUAGCUAACCUGGCCAUGUCCCGGGACUGUCGAGGCCUCCUGCAGAAGAGCAAUUUCCUGCAGGCCUUCCUGUCUGUGCCAGUGCCCAAAGUGGGUGGUAGUAAGGCCACUGCUGGCGCCUCUGGUGGUGGUGGCAGCAGCAGCCUCCUGGGCCUGUGGCUGAGGCUGCUGGUCAGCCUCUCAUUCGGAGAGGACGGCCAGCAGAGUAUCCUUAGGGUGACCGGAGCCCUGGAACUGCUGGCUGACCUGGCGCUGAACCGACGUCACGCGCUGCUCAUCCUUCACAACCUCUGCUUCUGCCCUGCCAACAAGCCUCACGUCCUCGCCAAUGCCGAGGCUAUGAGGGUGUUGAUGAUCUGUUUAGAAAGUAAAGAGAUAGAGACCCGCACCAUGGGAGCGUCUGCACUUUGGGCCCUGCUCCACAACAAUCAGAGGGCCAAGACCACUUUGAAGUGUCCCUCUGUUCAAUUGAAACUCAAGGAGGCACACACCAUUUCUAAAAGGGAUGCAGAGAAGAAGCAGGAGCCCAUGAACGCCUACUUGUUGAAGUGCCUUGAAAACCUGACCCAGCUGUUGAAUAGCUGAUUGUAUUGUUAUAUUAUUUAUAUGGUUUUGUACUAUUUUGUACAGAUUAAAUUUUAAUUCAUUGGGAUAUUAAAGUGCCAAGUGGCAGAUGUUA